AUGACCCACCCCUUCACCCCGAAAGUCAACCGCCGCCCCCUGGCACCUCUCUCCUCCGCCGCACUGAACCGCGUCUCGACUCCCCCCUCGCCAACCCCAUUGGGCGGCGCACACAAGACCUCAAAGGGAUCCCUAGUCCCCACCUCUCGUUCUUCUGUCCCAGUGCAGAAGCCCACCUCGAAGAUCCCCCUCUCCGCCCGCCAUCCCAAGCAGGAUGAGAACGACAUGGCCGGUCUCCUUCAGAAGGAGAAAAUGCGCCGCCAGCUCGCAGAAGCCGCCCUUGCGGACGAGAAGCGCGUCCACGCCGAGACCCGCCGCCAGCUGGAUGCCCAGAGGGCCCAGCACGCUCCUCAACUGGACGAGCUCAAGAAGCUCACGGAGGCGCACGACGCCCUCCUUGACGAGCAGAUUAGCACUGUCUACGAGCUGUCAGAGGCUGAUAGCAAGCUGUUCGAGAAGGACGCCCGCAACAAGGAGCUCCUCCGGCACGUCUCCGAACUGAAGGAGCAGCAGAGGCUGGACCAAGAGCUUAUCUCGCAUGUGGAGAUCAAGGCGGAGAAGGCCGAAGACGACCGCGCAGCACUUGCCAUCAAGUGCGCCAGGCUGGAGGCUGAGCGCGACCACAAGGUCUUUGGACGCUAG